AUGGCCAUGGCAACAGCAACCAUGAUGAUGAGCAGAAUGAUGAAUAUGCCACCGUCAUCGUCAUCGUCAACACCAUCAUCUUCUUCUUCGCCGUUGGCAACUCAGUCACUCUCAACACCAUCAUCACCAUCUUCAUCAAGGCAAGCAAGCAGCCUCCCACUCCGUACAAUACCAGGAUCCUACGGGUGGCCUUUGGUAGGACCGAUAUCCGACCGUCUAGACUACUUCUGGUUCCAAGGACCAGACACCUUCUUCCGGUCGAGAAUGGAGAAGCACAAGAGCACGGUUUUCCGUACCAAUGUUCCCCCAAGUUUCCCUUUCUUCCUGCGGGUGAACCCCAACGUCAUCGCCAUUGUUGACUGCAAAUCAUUCGCUCAUCUUUUCGACAUGGAAAUCGUGGAGAAAAAAGAUGUUCUGGUAGGGGAUUUCAUGCCUAGCGUCGGCUACACUGGAAAUACUAGGGUUUGUGCUUAUCUCGAUACCUCUGAGCCUAAACAUGCCCAGCUGAAGAACUUUUCCCUAGACAUCCUGAAGCGGAGCUCCAAGGUGUGGGUGGCCGAACUCCAAGCCAACCUCGACAAAUUCUUUGACACCGUUGAAUCCGAAAUCUCCACCAACGGCACCUCAUCCUUCUUCUCACACCUCCAAACCUUCCUCUUCUACUUCCUCUGCAAGUCCCUCCUCGGAGCUGACCCUGCCCUCGACCCCGCCGUUGCCAAUUCUGGUCCCUUGACCAUCAACUUAUGGCUCGGCCUUCAACUCCUCCCCACCGUCCCUGUCCUAGCUUUUCAGCCCCUGGUUGAGAUAUUUCUUCACUCCUACACUUACCCUUCCGCCCUCGUAAGUGGGGGCUACCAAAAGCUCUAUAGGUUCAUUGAGCAGCACGGUAAAGAAGUAGUUCAGCGCGGUGAACAGGAGUUCGGUCUUUCCGCAUCCGACUCCAUCAACAACUUGAUAUUCACUCUUGGGUUUAAUGCCUUUGGUGGUUUCUCCCUCUUUUUACCCACAUUGAUCGGCACCAUAGCCAGUGAUAAAACUGGAUUACAAGCUAGGUUAAGUGACGAAGUGAAACAAAUAUGUGGGUCGUCCUCAUCUGGUUUGAGUUUUGACUCGUUGAAAGGCAUGGAGCUGGUGAACUCAGUUGUUUAUGAGACAUUGCGUAUGAACCCACCAGUUCAACUUCAGUACGCACGAGCUAGGAAGGAUUUUCAACUCGCUUCUCAUGACUCGGCUUUCGACAUAAAAAAAGGUGAGUUGCUUUGUGGGUAUCAGCCUAUGGCCAUGAGGGACAGUAAUGUUUUUGAUGAACCAGAGAGUUUUAAACCGGACCGGUUCGUGGGGAAAGGGAAAGAAUUACUGAAUUACUUGUUCUGGUCGAAUGGGCCGCAGACCGGAUCACCGACUGAGUCUAACAAGCAAUGUGCAGCAAAGGAUUUUGUGACAAUGUCAGCUUCAUUAAUUGUAACUCGCAUGUUUCAAAGGUAUGAUUCAAUCAGUGGGGAUUCUAGUAAAAUAACAGCUGUUGAGAAGGCAAAUUGA